AUGAGCGACCCAAUCGCCUUCGUCGAGGAGCCGGCGGCCGGUGCCGGCGGCGCCGGCGGAUUCGACAGGCUGGACGACGAGCAGCUUCGGAGCAUGUUCUCCGAUGAGGUCGCCGCUGUGGGCCCCACAUCCAACCCCUCCACGCCGUCAGAUCACAACAGCGAAGCACGGAUGAAGGCCGAGCCCGGCGGGGAGGCCGACAGCCCGGAUGCUCCGGCCCCGGCGGGCCCGCCUGGAAAUAAGUCCUCCGAGAGUAACUCCGGCGACACCAUCGUCGACCCCAAACGGAUCAAACGAAUAUUGGCCAAUCGACAAUCAGCUCAGAGGUCUAGAGUGAGAAAGCUACAAUACAUUUCAGAGCUUGAGAGGAGCGUCACAACACUGCAGACUGAGGUAUCAGCAUUGUCACCUCGGGUCGCAUUUUUGGACCAUCAAAGGCUUCUACUGAAUGUGGACAAUAGUGCUCUUAAGCAAAGGAUAGCAGCUUUGGCUCAAGACAAAAUUUUCAAAGAUGCCCAUCAAGAGGCAUUAAAGAAGGAGAUAGAGAGGCUGAGGAAAAUCUACCACGAACAGAACAUUAAGAAAAUGGAGGCCGCCGGCGACGACGCCGUGCCCAUAUCGCCGGAGGCAACCGCCGGCAAGAGGGGCUGUAUGGACGAUGAAUAA